AUGACCGAUGCGAUCAUGUGGUGUACUGGACUUGUCGAAUUCCAUGCUGGUACGAGUGCUCCUACCGAUGUGGAUGACGAGGUCCUUUAUACCAGACAGUUGAUGGAAGAGCUGAACGAGUGUCCUAAGGCAGUACGACGUACUGUAAAUAGGGUUCUCCACGAUAUUAUGCAUCCAGAACAGUGUGGGUUCAAACAACCCGAGGAGGUCAAGAGAAGGAAGGGGCGGCCUAAGGGGGCUAAAUCAAAGAAAAAAACAGAGGCCAACCCUGUUACCCAUGAACAAUCCCCACAGAAAAAAGCAACUCCUAAUGUGUGGGAUUACAGGGACGAGGCGCAAGGAAAGUCGACCACAGUUACUAGCGAUUCAAGUAAGAAGCGCCCCUCGUCUUCAGGUGGUCGUACAGAUGCAUCCACAGGAGAAGUGGCCGAUGGCAAGAGAGGCAAUGGCAAACGAGCUAGAACAGAAUUGGCAUCUGUACACUAG